AUGGCACCCCACGAGAGCAGUCAGGCUACUGCGACCAAAAUGCGCGAAUGCAGAGAUGAGCACGCCAAUGCAAGCGACAAAAUGAGCAGUGAGGGCGGGAGCGAUGCAACCAUCUCUCCGUCCAAGGCAGCCGCAGACAAGUCGGAGAAGAUGGAGGAUGCUCAGGCUGAAGCCAACAAGCAAGUCGAAGCAGAGGAGGAGUUUGACAAGGCGGAAGAGAUCGUCCAACAUCCUCACGAGGUCAUGUCGUCCUUCAGGCGAGCAGCCUUGCACCGGAUCCGCCAUACUUUCAGGAGAAAGAGUGCGAUGCAUCGCCUGAAGGAAUUUGCCAAAGUUGCCCCGCUCAUCUCUGCCAUCCUUGCACCCCUCUCGACCCUCAUGGAUAUCCCCGCCCUGUCCGAGCGAUGGUACACAUUCAACGGCGUGGCUUUACCGGAUCCGACUGCCUCUCUAGCUCUCAGCGCAGUCGGCCUUGCAUUCAAUCUGAUCGCCAACGUUCUGUUGAUGAUCCGCUUCUCGGCCCAGAGCUCCUGGUGGAGACUCGCCACCCGGCUCUCACUGCUCGGCUGGCUCAUGAAGACCAUUCUGGCACUCGCCAACCUGAUCUUGUUCGGCAUCACCACCCGCAACGGGCCUGGCUACUCUUACGACGAAGGCUUCUGGUGCGCUGUCGUCUCUGUCUGCAUAUCAGGCAUCAUCGUCAUCAUGCUGGGCAUUCAUUACUUCCUCGAAUUCAAGCACUCCGAUGUCUUGGCUUCCCGAGAGAUCAGGGUGACAGGAAGGCAUUUCAUGAUGUCAACAGCAGCCAUGUUCGGCCUGAUCGCCAUCCAAGCUCUCAUCUUUUCGAGAAUCGAACAUUGGACCUAUCUCGAGGGCAUUUACUUCAGUGUCGUCGUCAUGCUCACAAUCGGCUACGGAGACUUCUACCCUACCCACACAGCCACACGCAUCCUGCUCUUCUUCUUCUUGAUUGCCAACAUUGCUGCUCUGGCACAGCUCGUCAACGGAAUGGUCACGUUCUUCAAACAAAGAACCGAUCAGCGCAAGAAAGACUAUCGCGAGACCUUGGCGAACGACAAGAAGAUCCGAGCAAAGACCGGUUACCUAGAGAAGGAGGCCACCCUCGUAGAUGAGAUGGCGUUCCUCGAAGCCAUAGAAGCUCGCGAAGAGCAAGUGGCCCAGUCGAUCGAAUUUGCCAUGUCAAUCACUGUCUUCUUGCUCUUUAUGCUUCUAGGUGCAUGGAUCUUCAGCUCAAUAGAAGGCUGGACCUACGGCGAUGGCCUUUACUGGUCCUACGUCACCUACUCUACGCUCGGUCUGGGUGACUUUUCACCUAUCACCCCAGGCGGCAGAGUCAUCUUCAUUGUGUGGUCACUCCUGGCCGUGCCAAUCGUCACAUCAGCCGUCGUCAGCGCAGUGUCCAAUUGGAUCUCUGCACUGAGUCAGCGAGAGCUCGAGAAGCGCAAGAAAAAGACGGGCACUUCUGCUGACCAGAUCGAAGAAGUGCAUCAGCUCGAGGCGGAGAUGCGAAAGGAAGGUCGCUCUGGAAACCUCGAUGAGGCCGAAUUGGCCCAGAGAGUCAUGACGAAGAAGCACCAGGAACGAUUCAUUGAGCACAGCGCAAUUGUCGAUCGAGGGCUCAAGCAGCUCGACUUUGAGAUCAAAGAACGAAGGGCGUCCAUGUCCGUCGAAGACGACACAGACAACAACUCGAUCACGACGGCCAUGACAGAAGAGGCCUCCCUCUAUCUUGCCGAACGCAUCCUGCGCGCAGCUCUCGAGCUCGAGAUCAACGCAAGAAGUAUGCUUAUUGCCACGCUCGACAAGAGCAGCAAAGCUCGCACACUACUAAGAGCCGAUCGUAAUAUACAGAUCAGAGAUCUGAGAAUGCUACAGGAGGAUAGUGAGAUGGAUCACCCCAUGGCCGAACAAGAGCUUAAUAUUAUCUUGCCCGGCGAGGACGACAACAUGGAUAUGCUCAAUGAUGAGCAGAUCUGGGAAGGCGUUACGAAGCAUCGCGAGUCGCUCGGCACGCUUCUUGCUGCCGGUGUUCGUCUGAAGCGUCUAGAAGGAGUGCACAAACAGAUGUUCGAGCGUCGUCGCCAUUCGGUCACGAAACUCGAUCCUGAGCAACAGGCCGAUCUUGAUGCAGACUUGGCAGAGCAUGCGCCGGCUGUGCAAAGAACCGACUACGCUAAUCACAAGCUUGAUCAUCGCAAUCAGACAGUAUGA